GUUUAAUCCGCCGGACGGGACGUAACACUAUUUUUUUAAUCACACCGGGAUUAUGACAGACGCUGGCUUCUUCAAGGGUACAAGUGCUGAGCAAGAUGCCAGGUUCGCUGAUAAAAAGAAAAAGUUAAUGAAAACUAUGAAAUUCGGAGAAAACUUGGCUCAAAAGGCAUGAGCUCUAUUUGUCAUUUAUUUCCAGGUUGACAUGUCCAAAAUUAAUUUGGAGUCUAUAAGACCAUGGAUUGUUAAACGUAUAACAGAGCUUUUAAACUUUGAGGAUGAGGUCGUCUGUGAUUACAUUUUCAACCAACUGGAGGAGCGCGUCUUUUGGGAUGCACAUCGACAAACAAUGGUGGAACUCAGGUCUCCUGCGACGCACUGAGUGCGCUGCCGGUACACAUUUGAGCUUGUCUGAAAAUCUAUUAAUUUAAUAAUUAAUUCUCAUUGUCAGUUAAUUGGGUAUUCGCUUCCCCAACUUAUGUGUUAUUUUCUGUUCCUUCUAGCAUCCAGACCCAAAGGAAAUCCAGAUUAAUAUAACGGGAUUUUUAAACAGCAAAAAUGCGAGGGUGUUUUUGUCCGAAUUAUGGGAUUUACUGUUAUCUGCCAUGCAGACACCAGAUGGCGUUCCUGCAGCUUUUCUGGAGGCCAAGAAAGAAGAGAUCGCAAAGCGUCAGGAGGACGAAAAGUUUGUUCUCGAAAUGAGAAAGAGGGAAAAUGAGCUGAUUCAGAAAGGAACUAAUCGAACGUCUAACAUGAGUUCCGAACAAAUAGAUAAUCAGAAGCGCGUUUCGUCUGUCAAAAGCAAUGGAGUAGCAGAAUCUGAAGAGCCGGAAACUUUUACCAAUCGCAACCGUUCUACUUCACGAACAGCAUCACCAGCCCCUCAACCACCUACAACUACUACAGAAAGUCGUGAGAAACUCGAUGGAGCAACUAGUCGAACUGCUCAUCGAGAUGAAACGAGUUCGUCGCGUUCCCCUGAACAACACCGUCGCCGUCGUCAUCAUCACCACUCUCCUGAGAGAUGUCCGGUCGACACAAGACGCCGUAGAUCACAUUCACGCACUCGUCAUCGUCGUCAGCGUUCUAAAUCUCGCUCCAAGCUGGUGCAAAAGCCGAAAUCACCUGUCACUGACUGGAGAAAAGACUUGAUGGCCGGUAGACGUCGCAGUCCACCGGAAAUGCCUGAGAGUAGUUAUUAUGGAAACGAAAAACGUUCAAAAGGCCAUAAGCAUUCCAAAAAGCACGAUAAACAUAGACAUGGUAACAGUCAUUCACACAAAUCUCACAAAAGGUCUCCGUCUCACAACGCAGACUAUUAUCGGCCUCGCAAGCAUGCUCAUAAUUCUGGAUCCCGACACCAUAACAUAGUCGAAGUUAACGAGAGAGAUCAAAGAUCAGGUUGUUUCGAACAAUCAAGAAAAGAUGGUUUUGCUGAAAACUACAGAAAAUAUGAAGGUCCUGACCUACCUUCUCAUUACGAUUAUCGUUCGUCUAAUAGAUACAGACAUGAUGCUGAAUCACACGGUCGCAACGCAAGCCCAGAACCAAGCCGCGCGCGCGAUAGAGAAUCUGAUUGGCAUCUCAGAGAUCAUGAUCACCGACAUAGUCACCAUCCUAGUCACAUAAAAAGAAGAGAAACUUCAUCUGGACACGAAAAUUUAUCCUUUGAAAGACGCCAGUAUCACCGUUUACCGAGUCCUGAAGGGCCGUCACUGCCCCCAAAUAUUUCCAAAAGACCUUCAGAUUCUAGGAUAAUCGAAGGAGUCCCCAGUAAGCGUACAAAACGUGAGGCAUCUGCUUCGUCAAGCAGCUCAUCAACCAGCAGCAGCAGCUCUAGUAGUAGUGGUAGUAGUAGUAGUAAUAGUAGUAGUAGUGGAAGCUCCAGUAGCAAUGAAAGCGAAAGCGAAGGAAAUGGAGAAGAAUCUAAAAAGCCACAAAUUAAAAUCCCAAAGAAAGAACCCACCCAUGAAGGUCCUGCCCUCCCUCCAGAGCUGGAGGUAUCUCAACCUGAAGGUCCUGCUCUUCCUCCGGAUGUUGAACUCGCUGUAGAGUGGUCGGAAAACCCAGCCCAUUCUGGAUCUACAUCCCCAAGUUCGACAACUUCAGGAUCUUCUACUGGUGACGAACACAGUGAGGAAUCGGGAUCAAGUUCAAGUGAUAGUGACAGCGGCAGCAGUAGUAGUAGUGGUACCGGUAGUAGCAGUAGCAGUGAAAGUGAUAAUGAAGCCAACACGAAACCUCAUAAAUCUGAAAGAAACGGUAAACACCCUAAAAGUCUUGGAAAUCAUAUGUCUCCUGAAGGUCCUGCUUUACCUCCUACCUCUAGCUCUAAUUCACAUAAGAUGAUUGACCCCCAUGAAUCAGUUGAAGAGGUUUUACGUCGACGGGCUUUGGAGUCUUUACUUCGGAGCUCACAAAAACUCCGCGGUUCUCCUUAGAUGGAAUGAGUCGAUUUCCAUUGAUUUGUGGAUUAAAUUUUACAAUAUUUUCCUCUUUUUCAUUAUUUGAGACAACACAUACUUUUGCCGGUUUAAAUAAAUAGGAAAUAAAUGUAAACAAAAGCUGGGUCAUUUUCCUAAAAAUUCUUCAAUAUGAUCAGAUAUCUUCAUAAUAAACCAGUGUAUUGUCAGUUGUCGAAUUUCCUUUAACCCCAUUUUGUAUAGACACUCCAAAAAUUCAUAAAUUAUGUUUUGUUGAAAUGAAUGUUAAAUUGUAUUUUUUUGAAGGAUUGCAUGUCUUAAUUAUACUGGGUUUUAUAAUAUGCAAUGUUUAUAUAACUAAACAAAUUGAAAAUAUACUCUUUCAUGAUCAGCGUUAAAUAUCUGUAUUGUAAGCAUGAUAGCAAACAAAGUUAUUUGCCAUUUUCUCUCUUAAUCCAUUUGAAAUUUAUCGAGAAAGCGUAUUUAACCGAUGUUCUACUUAAAAAGUGAGAUUUUUUUGCAUUAAGAAAAUAUACGUUUCAGUAGUUU